AUGUUAACCAUACACGGUUGCGAUGACCCCGAACCACAAUCCACAAAAAGUAUUCAAAAUAACAAUAGAUGGUUCAAUAUACUCGAAAUCGAACCCUUCACAAUCACAAUUCGAGAUGACCAACUCCACGAUUUAUUGCAACAGAAAAGCUGCAAAAUUCUUAACUUCAAUUCUAUGUUUACUGUCAACACGCCUUUGGUUUCAUCUCGUUUACAAAAUUAUGUAACCGUUUUCGGAUGUAGCAACAUCCACAACACAACUGAUCUUCAACAGUACUAUUCUUCUGUUUCUAAUAAUACUUCUAUCUGUGUAAACCCGUAUGCCAGUAAUGAAACUAUUGUGGUUGUAACUGAUUCCACCACUUUCAACUCUAGUCAUCUCAAAGGAUGUUCAAAGGUGGAGCUUCCAACUAAAUAUGAAGUUCCGCGUGUUGAUCCAGAAGAUCUUUUUUACUUCUUAAUUGCUGAUGUUGCAAUCAAAUUACAAGUUUCUCAAGAUUGUUCUACUUGUCAUGAUCUUGAUGGAGGUCAAUGUCGUCUUGAUACCAAAGGACAGUUUUAUUGUCACCAAGGGAAAUCUAAUAAGACCCUUCUAAUAGUCACAACAGUUGCAUCUUCUAUUGGAGUACUUGGAGUUCUAGCUUUAUUGGCUUGGUUCUUGAGAAGGCGUUUUAUCAGCAACAAAAACUCACCAUACCAAAUAAUUGAAUUGUUUCUGAAAAACCAUGGUCAUCUAGCCGCUAAAAGAUACACUUAUACAGAUAUAAAAAAAGCAACAAAUUCAUUAAAAAACAAACUAGGUCACGGAGGAUAUGGAAGUGUAUACAAAGGAAAAUUACAAGAUGGGAGUCUCGUGGCAGUAAAGGUAUUAAGUGAAUCCAAUGGUAACGGUGAAGAAUUCAUUAACGAGGUUGCUAGUAUCAGUGUCACAUCUCAUGUUAAUAUCGUUAGUUUAUUGCGAUUCUGUUUAGAAGGUUCGAAAAGAGCUUUGAUAUAUGACUACUUGCCUAACGGAUCACUAGAAAAGUUCAUAAAUGAAGACAAAGAUCCACUAAAGCGAAGUUUUCCAUUGAGUUGCAAUACUAUCUACAAUAUUGCAAUAGGCGUUGCUCGAGGAUUAGAGUAUUUGCACAAGGGUUGCAAUACUAAAAUCUUGCAUUUUGAUAUAAAACCUCAUAAUAUAUUGCUUGAUGGUGAUUUUUGUCCUAAAAUUUCAGAUUUUGGACUUGCAAAAGUAUGUGCGAGAAAAGAAAGUAUUAUAUCUUUAUUGGGUGCUAGAGGGACUGCGGGAUACAUUGCUCCUGAAGUGUUCUCUAGAAAUUUCGGUUCAGUUUCUCACAAGUCUGAUGUAUAUAGCUAUGAAAUGAUGGUUUUAGAAAUGGUUGGUGGAAAACACAAUAACAGUACGGUUGAUGUUGAACGGUCAAAUGCCAAAGUUAAGCAUUUAGUUCAUCCUUCAUAGCUUUAAUGUCAAGAGU